AUGACCUUUGUCCCCCUCCCAGGCGACCGGCUCCUGCAGGUGGAUGGAGUGAGUCUGUGCGGCCUCACCCACAAGCAGGCUGUGCAGUGCCUCAAGGGUUCUGGGCAGGUUGCAAGACUGGUCUUAGAGAGAAGAGGCCCCAGGACCGCCCAGCAGUGUCCUUCUGCUAAGGACAGGACGGGAGAUGAAUGCAGGGCUGUUUCCUUGGCAACAGCCUUGCCUGGCAGGCCCUCGGGCUGUGUCUCAGCGACAGAUGGUCCUAAGUUUGAAGUCACUCUGAAAAAAAAUGCCAGUGGUUUGGGAUUCAGCUUCGUGCAGAUGGAGAAAGAAAGCUGCAGCCAUCUAAAGAAUGAUCUUGUGAGAAUUAAGAGACUCUUCCCAGGGCAGCCAGCUGAGGAGAAUGGGGCCAUUGCAGCGGGUGACAUUAUCCUGGCCGUGAACGGAAGGCCCACAGAAGGCCUCGUCUUCCAGGAGGUGCUCCAUUUACUGCGAGGGGCCUCACCGGAAGUCACGCUCCUACUUUGCCGACCCCCUCCAGGUGCACUGCCUGAGGUAGACCAGGGAUGGCAGACACCCGUGCUUUCAUCAGACAAAGAGUUCACCAGGGCAACUUGCACAGACUCAGAGCAGAGCGCCAGUCUGGAGCUAGAGGAUAGCCGGAGGGACAGUGCCUCCGCAGACGGAGGGGAAAGCCUGGGUCUCAGGCCAGAAUCUUUCCAAAAAGCCACCAGGGAGGCACAAUGGGACCAAGACCUAGAGAGACCCUGGGCCACUUCCUUGAUGCAUCCUCAGGAUUCCCACCCUCAUUUAUGCAGACUUCAGCAAGAAAUGGAUGCAUCAACAUUGGCCACCUCUUUGGAAAAGGAUAUGAGGCAAAACUGCUAUUCAGUUUGUGAUAUCAGGAGACUUGAAAGAUUUUCCUCCUCAUCUUCUCUAACCGGACUUUCAACAGAUAUUUUCUGAGCCCGUUCUCUGCAUGCUUGAAGCGCUG